GAACCCAUUUGGUUUGGGGGUCUAUUUUUUGAUUACUCAGUAUUAUAAUUAUUUGUAGCCUAUUUAAAUAUGAUUAUGAUCAUUGCUGAUCUUCGGCUACUUCCUGAGGUAGAUAUUCUUGUUCUCUUUGUCUAGAAUUAAAGUAUCGAUACCACAGGAUAGUAUUUUCAUUUUAAAUAAUGUUUUUACAACGUUUUAUGACAGAGUCAUAUUGCAAUAAAGCUUAUUAUGGACCAUGUGCUGAGACAGACUUUUUGUUUCCCUAAUACAAUCUUUAAUGUGUUAAUGAUGAUUAUUCUCCCGUCUUGAAUAUACUGGUCAACACUGAAGAUGCUGCAUUCAUUCAUGUGGAUAUUAAACCUACAUUUCAGCCUAAUGCAAAUGUUUCUUGAAAACAACCACGUAGAUUCAGCCCCAGCACCCUCCAUACAGACCCUCCAGGAGGGACCACUAACGGAGGGGAGCAGGGUAACGUUCACCUGCAGGGCCAUCGCACCCUGUCCCACCCAGCCGCCUCACCUGAGCUGGAGCCAGUCAGGAGGCCCUGAGGGCCGGCUGGAACCGCACGGAGACCAAGAGCCUAACGUCAGGACCCGGCAGCUGAAUAUCACUCUGUCGGACCGACAUGACGGGGUACGCCUCACUUGUCUGGCAGAGUAUCCCGUGAACGACCCAUCAGGCGGGCCCAGCAUCAGAACAGCAGAGAGCGUCGUGACGCUCAACGUUUCCUAUUCCCCGAAGGAUACCCAGGCCUCCGUCAGCCCCCCCACGGUGUCGCUGGGCAGUGUGGUCAACCUGACGUGCACCAGCAGAGCCAACCCCCCCGUUCUCCGGUUCACCUGGUUCAGGAGCAGUGCGGAGGGACCCCUGAACGUGUCAGAUGGAUCUCUGUACAGCUUCAAUGUGUCCAGCUACAGAGGAAUCUACUACUGCGUGGCCACGAGUCCCUUGGGAAACCAAACAUCAGAAGAGAUUAAGCUAACUGUUAUCGGACUGAAUGUUCCUCUGAUAGUGAGGUUCUUUGGUACCUUCUUCUUUAUUGGUCUGGUCAUCUCUGUCCUGUGGUUACUGAAGAAGCCUUCAACUCGGCAACAGAAUCCAAUAUGCAAGGCGUCAGACAAGAAGGUGGAAGAGUAGAUCCACUGCGUAGAGUUCAACUUUGCCAAGUGAGGUGCUGUGCAAAACCCAGGUCUGCAGUGUAAAAAAUAACCGUAAAAAAACUGAAUAUGUCUGGCAGCAAAUUCUUCAGACGGAUAGUGUCAAAUUACAGUGAAUAAGAAGAGUACCAAAUGUAACAAACUGUAAAAUACAGAGCAGGUUUAACUGUCAAAUUUAAAUAAAUAACAGUAUAUUCAUGUUGAUAAAUGGUCACUAUUCAAACUGAUAUGAUACGUGGAAAAACUUGUAUUAUGUAAAAAAUGUAUUACUGCUGCAUUCUUCUAUUAUUAUUAUUUUUUUCAUGUAAAAUAACUAAUAAAU